AGCGGCCGCAUAGGCGCGCGGCGCGGCAGCCGGGGCCGCUGUGCGGUGGGGCCUGCGGCCGCGAUGUCGCCUCCGCCGGGCGACGCGGGCCCCGGGCCGCCGCGGACGCUGUCCCCCGCCGCGCGGCUGAGCUUCGCGGUCGGCCACUUCCUCAACGACCUGUGCGCGGGCAUGUGGUUCACCUACCUGCUGCUGUUCCUGCACUCCGUGCGCGGCUACAGCUCGCGGGGCGCCGGGCUGCUGCUGCUGCUCGGACAGGCGGCCGACGGGCUCUGCACGCCGCUCGUGGGCUACGAGGCUGACCGCGCCGCCUGCGCGCGCUGCGGACCCCGCAAGGCCUGGCACCUGGCAGGCACCGUCUGCGUCCUGCUGUCCUUCCCGUUCAUCUUCAGCCCGUGCCUCGGCUGCGGGAAGGCCACCCCAGAGUGGGCUGCCCUGCUCUAUUAUGCACCGUUCAUCGUCAUCUUCCAGUUUGGCUGGGCUGCCACGCAGAUUGCCCACCUGAGCCUCAUCCCCGAGCUAGUGACCAGUGAGCAUGAGAAGGUGGAGCUCACAGCCCUCAGGUAUGCCUUCACGGUGGUGGCCAACAUCACGGUCUACGGCGCUGCCUGGCUGCUGCUGCACCUGCAGGGCUCUGCCCAUGGUGAACAGGACAUCAGUGUGGGUGACCAGCUGGGAGUCCAGGAUGUGCCGGUGUUCCGGAACCUGGCCCUGCUGGUGGUGGGCGUGGGAGCCAUCUUCUCGCUCCUCUUCCACUUGGGUACCAAGGAGGGGCGCUGGCCUCGGCCUCGGGAGAUAGAACCUGAUGAACACAGCCCCCUGGUGGCCCCCACAGCCCGGCCACUCCUGCUCUGGAAACACUGGCUUCGGGAGCCAGCUUUCUACCAGGUGGGCAUGCUGUACAUGACCACGAGGCUCAUCGUGAACCUGUCCCAGACUUACAUCGCUAUGUACCUGACAUACUCUCUCAGCCUGCCCAAGAAGUUCAUCGCCACCAUUCCUCUGGUGAUGUAUUUGAGUGGCUUCUUCUCCUCCUUCCUCAUGAAGCCAGUCAACAGGCGCAUAGGGAGGAAUAUGACCUACUUCACCGGGCUGCUGGUGAUCCUGGCCUUCGCAGCGUGGGUGGCCCUGGUAGAUAAGCUGGGCGUGGCCGUGUACGGGGCCGCUGUGCUGCUGGGUGCGGGUUGUGCCACCAUCCUGGUCACCUCGCUGGCCAUGACAGCUGACCUCAUCGGCCCACACACGCACAGUGGAGCCUUCGUGUACGGUGCUAUGAGCUUUUCGGAUAAGGUAGCCAACGGGCUGGCCGUCAUGGCUGUGCAGAGCCUGCACCCCUGCCCCUCUGAGCUCUGCUGCUGGGCCUGCGUCGGCUUCUACCACUGGGUAAUGGUGACUGUGACGGGCGGCGUGGGUGUGGCCGCGGCCCUGGCUCUCUGCAGCCUCCUCAUCUGGCCCAUCCGCAUCCGCACCCGGGACCUCGGAGACCGGCCCUGACCUGGCUCCCCAGGGCAACACGAUGAAGGACCAGGCAGACACCCUGGCCCCCUGGUCCCCCACCUGCAGGGGGUCAGAGGGCACGGUGUGAGGGUGGGGGAAGGAUACCCGGCCAUGCACCUUGAACCCCGGGGACCCGUGGGUGUCCCGCCCCAACCGUGGACCAGCGCAGGGACCAGGGACGAGAAGGCCAGGGCCUCCCUCAGUCGGCUCUCUGGGACCCGAGGAGAAUAAAGCAGGAUUGACACCCCGGACUGCAUGCGUGGGGACGGUCGCCCGGCCCACGGACGCGCGAGGCACUGGUCGGCAGCAGGGCUUUAUCAGAGCGCGGGCGUGAAGGCCGGGGGCGGCUGGCCGGUGGCCGGGCAGGGGCGCUCUCUAUCCCGUUGCCUGAAGUCCUGCGAGGUGUAGCGCGGCCGCUGUGGCGGCGACAGGUGGGGCACGUAGUCGGACCGCCAGGGCUCCACCCCGAAUUGGUUCCUGUUGACCACUGGGGAGCGGGACUGGGCUCAGAGGCUGGCAGGGGACCCUCUGCAUGCUGGCCACGCCCUGCCCCUGCUCCCCACCCCCUCCCACCUGCUGCCCGGGUCUUCGCUGUUUUUUGUUUUUGUUUUUCGAGACAGGGUUUCUUUGUAGCUUUGGAGCUGUACUGGAACUAGCUCUUCUAGACCAGGCUGCCCUCGAACUCACAGAGAUCCACCUGCCUCUGCCUCCCCAGUGCUGGGAUUAAAGGCGUGCGCCACCAUCACCCGGCCACUGUUUUUUUUUUUUUCUUUCCCUGUAGUUUUGAUGCAGGGUCUCUUAAAGCUUGACACCGUGUAGCCCAGGCUGUCCCCAGAAUUCAGAGAUCCUCCUGCCACUGCCGCGGGAGUGCUGGGGUGACCCGCUUGCACCUCCGCCCCACCUCCCUCCCGUCCCCAUCCGCCACUCACCAAACUCCUUGCCGCGGAUGUGCCUGUCCCUCCACGGCAUGCACCCCCAGCGCGUGCCUGGGCUGAGAUACUGCGCAGGCAGCACGGGGUCCCAGAAAGCCGUCUCCCGCAGGCGCUGCGUGUAGGCUGAGGGAAGGCGAGGGCGGGGUCAGCAUGGGACCCAAGGGCGGGCGUGCACACGGCUGGGGGUGCGACACUCACCGGGCGGCAGGCCACGCUGGCGACUCUCAAAGCAGCCGUGCCAGCGCGCAUGGGCCUCGCGGUACGGUCUGUCAAGCGCAGCAGGCAGCAUGUACCAGGCCUCGCGUGGGUCCGAGUUGGUCAGGCCGGUGAGCCACACCUGGCCGGCUGCGUCCUGUCCCAUGGGCGUGAACUUCCAGCGCACGGCUUGCUUGACGGCCGGUGCCCAACGGGGGCCCUCCAGGGACAGGUAGUCAUUGCUGAGGGAGGAUGGGCACUGAGCGCAGUUGCCUCGCUGCUCCCUGUCGCAAGGGUGUCCGCCCCCUUUGCAAAGGGGUGAGGGUCACCCCAUACCCGCCCAGGCUCUCCUCUGUCACCACCCGCUGUCAUUGUCUCAUAGCCGAGGAUGCCCUGCUUGUGUUUGAGGUACGUCUCCCAACCAUGCAGCAAUCCUCCUGCCGUAGCCCCUCAAGUGCUUGUAUGACAGGCACGAGCCUAGUUUCUGGGGACAGAAGGGGACCAAGCCGGGGUCUGCUUGGCAGGAAAUUUCUCAGAUGGUACCCGGAGUUGAGCGCUCGGGCAGGCCUCGGGUGGCCUGGAGCUUGCAGCGGAGAAGAGGGUACAUCCUCUAUAGUUUCAAAACCAAAACCAGGACUCGGUCGUUCCGUGGUGACCCCCUGGGAUUGUACUUAGCCCACAAAAGACCGAUGUGAAACAGGCCUGAAAUGGGACUUUUGCUGGGUGACAAGUCUUGUGCUCAGUAUGCUGAGUGAGGUGGGGGAUCUUUCUAAGCCUUUGGGUUAUACAGAAAGAUCCUGGCUCAAACUUUAAAAAUGUAUGGUGUGGCCGGGCGGUGGUGGCGCACGCCUUUAAUCCCAGCACUUGGGAGGCAGAGGCAGAGGCAGAGGCAGUUGAAUCUCUGUGAGUUCGAGACCAGCCUGGUUUACAAGAGCUAGUUCCAGGACAGGCUCCAAAACCACAGAGAAACCCUGUCUCGAAAAAAAAAACCAAGGGGCUGGAGAGAUGGCUCAGUGGUUAAGAGCACUGGCUGCUCUUCCAGAGGUCCUGAGUUCAAUUCCCAGCACCCACAUGGUGGCUCACAACCAUCUGUGAUGAGAUCUGGUGCCCUCUUCUGGCAUGUGGGAAUACAUGGAGGCAGAAUGUUGUA